CGCAGCAUGGCGUCCGGCUGCAAGAUCGGCCCGUCCAUCCUCAACAGCGACCUGUCCCGCCUCGGGGCCGAGUGCACCCGGAUGCUGGACUCCGGGGCCGACUACCUGCAUCUGGAUGUAAUGGACGGGCACUUUGUUCCAAACAUCACCUUUGGUCACCCUGUGGUGGAGAGCCUGAGGAAGCAGCUGGGUCAGGACCCUUUCUUUGACAUGCACAUGAUGGUCGCCAGACCGGAGCAGUGGGUGAAGCCAAUGGCCGUAGCAGGAGCUAAUCAGUAUACCUUCCACUUGGAGGCCACAGAGAACCCCGGCGCACUGAUUAAAGACAUUCGGGAGAACGGCAUGAAGGUUGGCCUUGCUAUUAAACCCGGGACAACGGUGGAGUAUCUCGCCCCGUGGGCCAAUCAGAUCGACAUGGCUUUGGUCAUGACGGUGGAACCUGGUUUUGGAGGACAGAAGUUCAUGGACGACAUGAUGCCAAAGGUUCAAUGGCUGAGGACUCAGUUUCCCUCUCUGGAUAUUGAGGUGGAUGGUGGAGUUGGGCCUGACACAAUCCAUAAAUGUGCAGAGGCAGGGGCCAACAUGAUUGUGUCGGGUAGUGCCAUUAUGAGGAGCGAAGACCCCAGAGCCGUAAUCAACCUCCUGAGAAACGUGUGUUCGGAGGCCGCUCAGAAACGCUCCCUUGAUCGGUGAACUCCACCCCGCCGUCCUCUCCCCCGUCCUCUUCCCUCCCUCCCCUUCGGUCCUCCCCCGUGGCUGCAGGUAGCUAAACGCUCUGCCUAUUAAAUCUUAUUUUUUACUGGUGCCAAA